GCAGCAACACAUCACGAUUGCAUUCAUUACUAUCUCAAUCUACGGCGCUAAACCAGGGUGGUGUCUUUUAGCACUGACGUUUGCUAUUCGAGUCUACACUUCACUUACCUUUAUGCCCAAGGAACGGCAGCUCGAAAACAGAGACUUGCAGCUUCAGAACCGUUAUGAAGAACCAGUGUUCAGAUUCAACCCAAGGAUUGUUUUAUCGCCUCGGCUGGAUGUGGUGUUAGUAUGCUCUCAGAGAACGAGAGGAAAGGUGCAUCUGUUACAUAGAACAGUGAACCCUGGAUAUCAACCCUAAUAGUGGACUUACUUUGCAGGAGUUCUAGCAACUGAGGAGCAUAGAAGUCAGACUGGAUCCGAAUAAGCGAUAUUAAAGUAUCUAAAGGGGGUACGAUAAUCUUCAUUAAUAUGUCAGCAACACCCAGUCCCCUGCCUUUCAACAAAACCAGCCUUUUUACAGAAACCUAUGAAAGAAUGGAUUCGCAAAAUGGACAAAGACAAGGCAACGCGGUACUCUUCUGCUUGUCGUUGAGUAUAACGAUUCUAACUUUUGCGGGUAGCAUCUAUUCACUGCUGUCUUUACUGAAGAUGCGGAGUAAGACCUCGCUUUCACUUAUUGUGGCGUCUCUGUCCGUAGACGAUUUAAUUAGCGUGAUACCUUUGUCUCUAUUUCUGUUCAUACAAUGGGGGAGCAAAGACCAACCCAGCGCACUGUGUACUUCAUCGGCGCUUCUGUAUCUCUUUCAGGGGGUAUCAAGCAAUUUAAAGGCGUCGUUGAUUGUGUCCUAUACUUUUUAUAUAACCAAACGGUUUGGCGCUUUCCAGGCUGCCAAACAACCACUGAAAAUAAUAUGGGCUAUAGUAGCUAUAUGGAUUGUCAGUUUGAUUGUAAGCAUAUUACCUUUAUGUGGCUGGGGCACCUUUGCUCCCACACACUGGGGCUGCUUUGCAAUGAGUCCCAGCUCCUAUGUGAUCUUCCUUUUUGUUCUGUAUGCCUUGUGUUUCUGCAAAGUAGUCGUUUUUUCCAUACCUCUUACAAACCAGCUGCUGUGCUCGGGUGACCAAAAAAAGGGAUUGAAUCCCAGCUAUUCCGAGAUUGAGAGAGGUCCCGUUGCAGAUGGGGCGACAUCGGUUAGUAAUAUGUCGUCUCUCCCUCAAGGAGACCCCCUGGAGAAAAGUUUUAGAAGUUGUGCGGAGAGGAAUCAUGAUUCUGAGCCUGUGCUUGUAAAGAACAAAGUGGAGGUUUAUUCUUUUUCCAGCCCGACUGCUUCUCAGUAUCAGAGGGAUGUUGGGAAGUCCAGGAAUUCUCCUAUAUUUUUUGCUCAGAAACGUUUUUCUUUAAUUCUGGCUAUGGUUAGAAUAAUUUUGUGGAUGCCAAUGAUGAUACAGAUCUUGGUUAGUCAUGUCCUUCAAUUCAAGAGCCAGUCUGUUGAGACCCUGAGUUUUGUUCUGACCUUGCUCUCUGCUGCAGUCACGCCAGUGUUUGUUCUUUCCGAGCGCUGGAUCCACCUGCCAUGUGGCUGUUUUAUUAAUUGCAGUAGAAAUGCAUACGAGGUGUCUUCAAACACAGCAAGGGUCAAAAAGAGAGGUUUUGAAUUCAGUAUGUCCUUCCAUCAAGGGUAUGGGAUUUACAAAAUAGACCAGGCAAACAAUUGCUCUGGUGAAAAAUCCGUAUCAUAUCACAACCUUAUGAACUACGACACCAAGGGGACAAAAACUGAUCCGAUAGAAAGUAAUCCGGUGAGCCGCGCCAACGUUGAGUUCAGAACCACAACUUUGAGGGACAGCUCCCUGCAGACAGAACUCAACAAAGCAAUCAAGUUGGAGACAAAGCCUUGCAGCGCCACCGGGUCUAACGAAUUUUACAGCAGCGCUGCUGGAACACCAAUCAACGAAAACAAUCUUGAUGGGUUGCCAGUGUUUGACGGCCCUGAAAGGAGAUUGUCCCACGAAGACUGUCGCAAGCUAGAGCUCACAGACUGGGAAUGGUGUCGAAGUAAAUCCGAAAGAACGCCUCGGCAGAGAUCCAGUGGGGGAUUAGCUAUUCCACUUUGCGCAUUUCAAGGAACUGUGUCACUCCAUGCACCCACUGGGAAAACUCUCUCACUUUCCACUUACGAAGUCAGUAGUGAUGGUCUAACAAUAACCCCAACAAAUAAGAAAAUUGAAGUUUAUCGCUCAAAAAGUGUGGGGCAUGAGCCUAACACAGACGACUCUCCAAACAGCAUUGCAGACACCAAUGUAAAAAUUCAUUUGGAAGUGCUGGAGAUCUGUGACAAUGAAGAGGCCAUGGAUACAGUGUCUAUAGUUAGUAACAUCAGUCAGUCUUCUACCCAUGCCAGAUCGCCAUCGCUACGUUACUCCAGAAGGGAAAAUAGAUUUGUUUCCUGUGACUUGGGCGAGACUGCUUCUUACUCACUCUUUAUACCCACAAACAAUCCUGACAGUGAUAUUAAUAUAUCAAUUCCUGACACUGUGGAGGCGCACAGACAGAACAGUAAAAAGCAGCACCGAGAGAAACCGGGUUACCAGGAGGAGAUCCAAGUAUUAAAUGAGGCUUAUAGGAAACAGGAAGAGGAAACGGAUAAGUGAACAAGGACAUGUUUCAAACUUAAUGUCCGUUUACUACAUUUUUUGUUGAUGUUUCUUGAAUGCAACAAAAAAAAAGAAAUCCCUUGCUGUGUCAACAGCACAGAACAGCAAACAAAGACAUGGAAAAAAGCAAUUCAAAUGAUAUAUGAAGCUAAUUGGUGGUGGUAAGAGAGUGGUUGCACUGCAAUAAUGAUAAUGAUGAUGAUAUUGACGAUUAGAAAUAACAGGUGGAAGGAAUUACAAAGACUAAAUUGGAUUUUUUUUUUUUUAAAUACAUGUCUUAACUGCAAUGCUGGUAAAACCUUGGCCAGCAUGCAAAUUAAGGUUUGUACCUGAAAUAGAUAAUUAUAUUUAACAUGUUCAUUGCAAAGUGGUACCAAAAUACUAUUCAGAUAUUGCUCUCCCAAGCUGAAGGUCACAAACCCUGUGGCAUAACUGUCUCUGUGUCAGCAAUAUUUCAACCAGAGCAAAAACAAGGGCAGCUUGACAGGCAUUAGUCAAACCCAAUGAACAAUGGUCUGGAGCACAAUGUAGUUACCCGGCUCCUGGCAGAUGUGCUGACCUGCUUACCUCUUUGCAAUAUUUACUUAAACCUGUAUAAUUGUAUAUUACACAGUUGUGUAACUACAACACAAAUGCCAGACCCUGUAUUAAAAAAAAGUAUCUAUACAUUUCAGAAACGCUAUAGUGUUUAGUGGGUUACAUGCAUCAGCCUCAGAUUAACAUUACUCACAGCCUGUUACACAUACAUGUCUUAAUGCAUCAUGCAUGUGGAACACAAGGUCAUUGCCAUAAAUCUGAUAUGCUUAAUUUAACUUUGUAUGUAUAGACUGUUUCGAAGAAUCAAAUUCACUUUUUGUAUUUCUGUUUUAUUCAAAAGCAUUCUUUUGUUUUGAUUCCAUAUGUAAAAUGAAUUAGGAAAAUAACACAGUUAUGGGCUACCCCUAAGGUGUUGAUUGAUAGAAAGGGGUUAUUAUGACCACAAAAUGUAAGGUUUAAUUUGUGGUGUUUCAUUUCUUUUUUGUUGUAUAUAUUGUAACUGGUGCAUAAGGUUUGUUUGCGCUAUUCACAAUUCAGUGUCAUGUGAUUCAGUACAAACCAAGGCACUUUUUUAUGCUUUUGUAUUAAGGUGGCCCAUCGGCAGCGUAUGGAGAUCUGGGGAAAAAUGCAUUGCUGUAAUAAACACUGGUAGUACUGCUUCAGUCGUCAACGUGGCAUCUCUCCCAGAUAGGAAUGUGGAAUACUCAGGUGUAAAUGUUCAUUUUUCCUCAGAUACUCUAGGAAUGAGAAAAGCAAUGACAAACAACACAGUACACAGAGGUCCCUAUUAAAUAAGAAACCCUUUGGUGACAAGCUGAUCCAGGUCUCACAACAUUAUAUUUUGUCAGAAAGACUUAUCUUUCAUUCAAAGCAUGCUGUGUUCAAAUCACUGACCUAUAAAGUGGGUGAAAUAGCAAAAACAAAAUGGUAGUCUGAGAUAAAUAUUAGCUGCACGUGUCAGAGAAAAACAUGAAAAAAAGAAAGAUUAAAUCAUUUCCCCUUGCUCUCUGGUGACACGUUUUGUUUGGUCUUAUGUGUUUUGGAUAAUUUGAGUGUGUAUUGCAUAUGCCUAUACUGGGCAGUAUGAAACAUUUUUAUUAGUUUCAUAUAAUCAAUCAUGUUUUGGAUAAAUUUGCUCAGUGUUCUUCUUUCUUUCUCUCUCUAUAAUGGACUAGAUUGGACUGAAGUCUUAAAACAUGCUUGUCAUUGUCACACUGUGAGCCAAAAAGGGCAAAGUACAGGCAACAUAUCAACAAGUUCAGAAUGUGUUAAUGUUACACUGCACCUUUAAAUCAAUGUCAAAGUCCAGCACUGAGAGGGCACAGGGAAUCCAUUAUCCAAUGGUCCAACAACAGGUGAUCUUUCACUGUCCUCACAAAGUGCAUUUUGCCAUUAAAAAACAGGACGACGAGUUCCCUUUUUUUUUUGGAAAUGUAUAUUUCAAAAAUAAUAAUAAUAACAACAAAACAUGCUUACAAUUGUUUAUAUAUGUAUUAGGUUGCUGUAUGUAAAAAAAAAAAUGGAUUUGCCAUAUUGCAUAACACUAUUAAAAGCAUUCAGUAAGGCACACACUUACACAUGUUGAAAUAAUAAAGGAGAAUGUAAAUAUUAUUGUUCCUUUUUUCAAAAUACUGUAGAUUUUUUAUUUCUGUUCCACGAUUUUACAGCAAUAAAACUUAC